AUGCCUUUUGGACUUAAGUCCUCCUUCCCUGUUUCAGAAAGCCUGAUGAAAGAUUUUUACUCCCCUUCUUCUACAUGUCUCUUUUAUAUCGAUGAUAUCCUUCUCUUUUCAAAAGAUGAGGAAUCUCAUUAUGUCUUCUUCGUGACUUUGUUGAUAUCAUAUACUCUUACUAUUAUGCUCUUUGAGAAGAAAAUGCAGUUAGGGCAGACAAAAAUUGAUUUUCUUGGUAUGAUGAUUGCUGACGGCAUGUAUGAUCUUCACCUUAUAUUGCUAAUGAGUUCGAAAAUUCUCAGAUGUUCUCACAACCAAGAAAGAAUAACAACAAUUCUUGGGAAUUGCCAAUUACAUGCGCAGUUUUAUUCCCAACAUUUCUUGUCUCACUACUCCCUUUCCUAUAUGCUUAAGAAGAAUCCUCAUUCGUGGUCUGAAAAGCAAACAAAUGCAGUCAAGGUCUUGAUGCAAAUCCUUCCAUACACACCCGUUAAGAUUCCUUCUUCUAGAGACGAAUCUUCAGACGGAUGCUAUGACACUCAUUGGGGUGCAAUGCUUUUUGAACAAGAUGAUGACAAAGUAUGA